AUGGCCUCCCAGACAAUGAAAGCAUCGGCUAAUAUAGUACUUGACUCGGUAGGAAACAGGACACUUGUGUGCCAUGACCCUCACAAGAUCUCUUCCAAUGGUUUGUGGACCAAUGAGAACCCGCUGAAUUAUUCUACACCUCUUUUGCUAAUGCAACUUUCCCUCGUCUCUUUAACAUCUAUGCUUAUUGAUGUCAUCAUCAAGCCUCUUGGUCAAUCCACUAUUGUUUCACAAAUUUUUGGCGGUAUAAUCUUUGGCCCAUCACUUUUAGGACAUGUAGCAUCUGUAGGAGCGGUAUUCUUUCCUCCAAGAGGCCAGAUCAUAUUCGAAACCUUUUCAACAUUUGGCCUAAUGUUCUUCCUUUUUUCAGUAGCAGUGAAGAUGGACCCUAAGAUGAUGAUCCGCCCAGGGUGGAAGCCCGCGAUUCUAGGUCUCUCUGCAGUGUUCACAACCCUGGUUUUUUCUCUACUUUUAGCCUUUGCCUUGAAGCGCUAUGCUUCUUUGGAUCCUAGCGUUGCCAAACCGUUGCCUGUAAUAGCGGCAGCCCAGUGUCUGUUAUCCUUCCAAAAUGUUGCCAGCGUCCUGACUGAGCUCAAGAUGAUUCAAACCGACUUGGGUCGCCUUGCAGUCUCAUCAGCAAUGUUCUGUGAUCUGAUUGGUAUUUGCUUCAUGGCAUCCGCAUUUGCAGUUUUACAAACUUCAGGGGACUAUCCAAUGAUUUCAGUGUUAGCUAUCUUAGUCUUUGUCAUUUUUGUACUUGUUUCAGUAUAUAUCAUUCGACCACUAAUAUUGAAAAGUUUGAGUCUAGUACCUGAAGGAAGAUCCAUAGGGGAGUCGCAUAUUACUGCUAUUUUUACUGUUCUUCUUGUAGUCGGGUUUAUAAGCGAGAUGAUUGGCCAGCACUUUAUGUUUGGACCCAUGGUUAUUGGUUUGGUGGUGCCUGAAGGUCCACCUCUGGGCGCCGCAUUAACUGCAAAACUUGAUAUUCCUGUUGGAAAGAUCCUGUAUCCAGCAUUUCUAACUGCUAGUGGCCUCAAAACAGACAUCUUCUGCAUCCACUUUCAAGGUGCUUGGACAGUGGCAUUGAUAGUUUUUUUGUCUUGCGUAGUCAAGGUCGGAGCAGUAAUGUUGCCCGCUUGUUACAUGGACUUGAAAAUUCAAGAAUCUUUUGUGCUCGGUUUGAUGAUGAAUGUCAGAGGCCUUUCUGAACUCGUCUUGUACAAUCUGUUUCUGGACGUAGAGGUUUUGAAACCUGAAGCAUUUGCUUUAUGUGUUGUGUCAGUGAUUCUAGUCACGGCAAUCACAACACUACUAAUCAAACUUCUCUAUGACCCAUCUUCGCGACUUACUCCGGUGAGACGGAGAACCAUUCAGCAUUGCAAGCGCGGCACAGAGUUGAGAAUAUUAGUCUGCAUCCAUAACCAAGAGAAUGUCCCCGCAAUGGUGAAUCUGCUUGAAGCUUCCAAUGCAACGGAAGAAAGCCCAGUUACAGUCAUAGCCGUCCUGCUCAUUGAGCUGGUAGGUCGGGCAAACCCCAUGCUCAUUGCUCAUCAGUCCCACAGAUUGCUGCAGCCUAGUUCCUCCAGAUCAGGCCGCAUUAUCAAUGCCUUGCGGCAAUAUGAGCUCUGCAAUGAGGCUUGUGUCACCUUUCAGUCAUUCAGUUCUAUCUCACAAUUUGACACAAUGCACGAAGAUGUUUGCCGCGUGGCACUUGAUCAAAAUACCAACAUCAUCAUUCUACCAUUUCAUAAGCAAUGGGAGAUUGAUGGCUCGAUUGGAUCAGUAAACCGUGCCAUACAAAACAUGAAUGCCCAGGUCAUAGAAAAGUCACCUUGCUCCGUUGCUGUUUUAGUGGAUCGGACAACUCUGCGUGGCUCCAGAACCAUUUUGAACGGUCAAUCUUCAUAUCAUGUUGCAGUAAUCUUCAUUGGUGGUGCAGAUGAUGCAGAGUCACUAUCUUAUGCUGCUCGCAUGGUGAUGCAUCCCCAUGUCAGCCUUACAGUUUUCCGUUUCCUCCUCCUAGGAAGUGAUAAUAUGAGGGAGAGGAAGAUCGAUAAUAAUCUGAUAGAUGAAAUCCGACAUGUCAACAUAGGGAAUGAGCGUUUUGCGUACCAAGAAGAGAUCGUCAGAGAUAGUGUAGGACUAGCUGCAUCUGCAACAAGAUUAGGAGGUAGUUUUGAUUUGAUUCUUGUAGGAAGAAAUCACCAAGAAUCUCCUCUCUUGGAAGGCCUUGGUGCUUGGAUAGGUUGUCCAGAACUUGGUGUGAUAGGGGACAUGCUUGCUGAGCCUGAUUUUGAACGGACAGCAUCCAUAUUAGUGGUGCAACAGCAGAGGCUAAAAGGGAAAGUGAUGAAGAGGAUUUCAAAACCAGUAGUCAUUGAUCAAGAGCCCUUCCAUGCUACAUGA